GAACCCGGAGGAACUCCCCAGAUGGAACCGGGAACAGAACCCGGUGGAACUCCCCGGACAGCACCAGGAACAGAACCCGGAUGUGCUCAGGACCGGUGCGGAUCAGAGACGCCUUCAGGUACAUCAACAGUGUGGUCUCGGUUCUGGUGCUGCUGCUCGGGAUGCUGGGAAACGUGACUCUUCUGAGGAUCAUCACAGAACACAAAAGCAUGAGAACUGGACCCAAUAUUCUCAUCGGCAGUCUGGCUCUGGGAGAUCUCCUGCACAUCGUCAUCGCGAUUCCCAUCAAUGUUUAUAAGCUCCUGGCGGAGGAUUGGCCGUUCGGUGUCCUGAUCUGCAAACUCCUGCCGUUUAUCCAGAAAGCCUCGGUGGGAAUCACAGUCCUGAGUCUCUGCGCUCUGAGUAUCGACCGGUACCGGAUCGUCUCAUCCAGGACUCGGACCAAAGCGCCGGGUUUUCCCAAGUGGAUCGCAGUCCAGGUGUGUUUAUUAUGGAUGAUCUCGACUCUCCUGGCCGUUCCGGAGGCCGUGGCGUUCGACCUGAUGGAGAUGGAUUACAGAGGCAAGCGUCUGCGGAUCUGCCUCCUUCAUCCUCUACAGUCCUCAUCCCUCAUGCAGUUUUAUAAAGUGUCCAAAGACUGGUGGCUGUUCGGGUUUUACUUCCUGGUCCCGCUGGCGUGCACCUCCAUCUUCUACUCCCUGAUGACCCGCAGGAUCUUCAGCCGGAGCGUUCUGGACAAACACAUGAAGCAGAGGCGCGAGGCGGCCCGGACCGUCUUCUGUCUGGUUCUGGUGUUCGCCGUCUGCUGGUUCCCACUUCACCUCAGCAGGAUCCUGAAGCUAACCAUCUAUGAUGAGCACGACCCCAACAGAUGCAGCUUACUGAGCACUUUCCUUGUUCUCGACUACAUCGGCCUCAACAUGGCAUCGGUGAACUCCUGCAUCAACCCCGUGGCUCUGUACGCCGUCAGCAAGCGCUUCAGGAACUACUUCCAGGCGUCGCUCGGCUUCUGCUCCGACAAGAGGACUUUCAGGAGGUCAAAGGUCACAGAGGACUUUCAGGAGGUCAAAGGUCACAGAGGACUUUCGGGAGGUCAAAGGUCACAGAGGAGUUUCAGGAGGUCAAAGGUCACGGAUCCGCUCUCUGACGUCAGUGACUCUGGAAAACAGGACUCGUCUGACAGCGAGAGGAACGCCUCUCUCAGGAACUUUACGUGUUUUAGAAGUUCACAUUAGAUCUGAACUUUCUGUCACUUUUGUUUUUGUAAAUACAAGUGUGUGUGUGUGU